ACCACAUCAUCUCUUUUGCUGUGUAGUUUUACGCCAGUUGGACAUGGGGGGAGGCUUCUAUAUCAGUAAGUUUGUUGGGGUGGUGGGCAUUGUGUUUGGUGCAGGGGCAGUGGCCACCGUCAUUGCGUUGGCAGUUGUUUAUUCUCAAGAGGUAGCCAAAAACGAGGCUGUCAGUCCGACUAAUGGAGGUUCCACUAUCAAGCCACCGGUCACCACACCUGGAGGGUCAACUGUCAAGCCACAGAUCACCACACCUGUCAUACCCACAACUGCACCCUCAAAUGAACCAUGGGACAAGUACCGCCUCCCAGACACCCUGAAGCCUGACCACUACAACCUAACCCUGUGGCCUCGACUCACAGUCAACGCACAAGGCCUCUACAUCUUCACAGGGAAAUCCUAUGUGGUCUUUCAAUGUGUGAAGGAGACAGACCUGAUCCUCAUACACUCCAACAAGCUGAACUACACCAAGUGGGGGGAUGACCAUCUGGCUAAACUGUCUGCUCUCGGUAGCACACCCGCACCAACCAUAAAGAAAUCCUGGCUACAGCCAACAACUCAGUUCCUGGUAUUGGAACUGAAUGGCAAGUUAGCUGUUGGAGAAUCCUACCAGCUGGACACAGUGUUUGUUGGGGAGCUGGCUGAUGACUUGGGAGGCUUUUAUAGGAGUGUAUAUACGGAGGAAGGAGAAGAAAAAGUUGUUGCGACAACUCAAAUGCAGCCCACAGAUGCCAGGAAAGCCUUCCCCUGUUUUGAUGAGCCUGCAAUGAAAGCCAUCUUCCACAUCACACUCCUCCAUCCCCCGACGACAGUGGCCCUGUCCAACGGCCUGGAGCAUGCUCCUGUUGAAGUCACUGAGAUUGGGCCCGAGGGGCCUGUGAGAGUUUGGAGGACAUCUUUCGACAAAACAAAAAAAAUGUCAACAUACUUGUUGGCGUUUAUUGUCAGUGACUACGACUAUAUUAACAGCACAAAUGACAAUGUUCUGAUCCGGAUCUAUGCCCGCAAAAAAGCUAUCGCUGAUGGACAAGGCGAGUACGCCCUCAACAAAACAGGGCCCAUCCUGAAAUUCUUCGAAAAAUAUUACAAUGCCACCUACCCUCUGCCAAAGUCAGACCAGAUUGCUUUGCCUGACUUCAAUGCUGGAGCAAUGGAGAACUGGGGACUCAUUACAUAUAGAGAAACAGCCCUCUUGUACGACCCUAAGAUGUCCUCCAAUUCAAACAAAGAAAGGAUCGCCACCAUUAUUGCUCAUGAACUGGCCCACAUGUGGUUUGGAAACCUUGUGACACUGAGGUGGUGGAAUGACCUGUGGCUAAAUGAGGGCUUUGCGUCUUACGUAGAAUAUCUUGGGGCAAAUGAAGCAGAGCCUGACUGGAACAUUAAAGACCUCAUAGUUCUGGGUGAUGUGCACAGGGUGUUUGCAGUAGAUGCUCUUGCCUCAUCUCACCCCCUGUCCUCCAGAGAGGAGGACAUCCAGAAGCCUGAGCAAAUCAGUGAACUGUUUGAUGCCAUCUCUUACAGCAAGGGAGCAUCAGUGUUGAGAAUGCUCUCUGAUUUCCUGUCUGAAGAGGUCUUCUCCACAGGACUCAGUACAUACCUGAACACGUUUGCCUAUGAUAACACAGUAUAUACUGACCUCUGGGAUCACCUCCAAAUGGCAGUAAAUUCCACUGGCACGUCACUUCCCACAGGCCAAACUGUGCACAGCAUCAUGAACCGCUGGGUCCUUCAGAUGGGCUUCCCAGUGGUCACCAUAGACACAACCACUGGACUGAUCAACCAGCAGCACUUCCUUCUGGACCCUUCCACUGCAGGGAGUGUACCACCAUCUGACUUCAAUUAUGAGUGGAUAGUACCAAUCAGGUGGAUGAACACAGGAGUUGUAAAGCAACAGACAUGGCUAGAGGACAAAACUGCUAAUAAGCCUGAAAUGACAGUUACUGGGAACAACUGGAUACUGGCCAACCUUAACGUCUCUGGAUACUAUAGGGUUAACUAUGAUAACACCAACUGGGAACGUCUCCUCAGUGUACUGAGCAGCCAGCAUGAGUCUAUUCCAGUUAUCAACAGAGCUCAAUUGGUGGAUGAUGCUUUUAACCUUGCUAGGGCAAAAUAUAUCAACACAACAUUAGCGUUGCGAACAACGAAGUAUCUCAGAAGUGAAAGGGAAUAUAUGCCGUGGGAGUCAGCUCUUGACAACUUGGACUUUUUCUACCUCAUGUUUGAUCGGAGUGAAAUCUAUGGGGAUAUGCAGACUUACCUAAAAUAUCAAAUAGAACCACUUUUUAAGCACUUUGGGGAUAUCACUGGAAACUGGACAGAAGUACCCACUGGACAUAUGGACCAGUACAACCAGGUGAAUGCCAUCAGGGUGGCCUGCAGCACUGGUAUGGAAGAGUGCCAGACUCUGACUAAAGGCUGGUACAGUCAGUGGAUGAAAGACUCUGCAAACAAUCCGAUACACCCCAACUUGAGGACGGCAGUGUACUGCAGUGCUAUUGCUGCAGGGGGGGCUGCGGAGUGGGAAUUUGGUUGGGAUCAGUUCAAGGCUGCCACCAUCGCUAUUGAGGCAGACAAGCUUCGAUCUGCCCUGGCCUGUACCAAGCAGCCCUGGCUACUCAACAAGUAUCUGGAAUACACCCUGGACGCAAACAAAAUUCGCAAGCAGGAUGCUACCUCUACCAUUGUUUACAUUGCAAGCAACGUGGUGGGCCAGUCUCUGGCCUGGGACUUUAUGAGAGACCGAUGGAAUUACAUCUUUACUCAGUACGGUGGUGGAUCUUUCUCCUUCUCCAAUCUCAUCAAUGGUGUGACCAAGAGGUUCUCAACAGAAUUUGAGCUCAAACAGCUCAAGCAAUUCCAGGCGGACAACUCUGAGGUUGGCUUUGGCUCAGGUACCUUGGCAGUUUCACAGUCCAUUGAGAGGACAACAGCUAACAUCAAAUGGGUGGCGGAGAACAAGGACUCAGUGCAGACAUGGUUUAGAACAGAGGUUCCUAAAGAAGACAUGGAGAAAUCCUGCAAAAUCAGCAAGUUCUUUAUUCUCUGCGUUGUGCUGGGAGUCCUCUCUGUGGCGACCAUCGUUACAUUGUGGGCUAUUGCACUGACAGAUAGCGUAGAGGUCGUCGCCCCAUGGGACAAGUACCGUCUCCCAGACACCCUGAAGCCUAACCACUACAACCUAACCCUGUGGCCCCGACUCACCGUCAACGCACAAGGCCUCUACAUCUUCACAGGGAAAUCCUAUGUGGUCUUCCAAUGUGUGAAGGAGACAGACCUGAUCCUCAUACACUCCAACAAGCUGAACUACACCAAGUGGGGGGAUGACCAUCUGGCUAAACUGUCUGCUCUCGGUAGCACACCCGCACCAACCAUAAAGAAAUCCUGGCUACAGCCAACAACUCAGUUCCUGGUAUUGGAACUGAAUGGCAAGUUAGCUGUUGGAGAAUCCUACCAGCUGGACACAGUGUUUGUUGGGGAGCUGGCUGAUGACCUAGCAGGUUUCUAUAGGAGUGAAUAUGAAGAAGACGGAGUUAAAAAGGUUGUAGCUACCUCUCAGAUGCACCCUACUCACACCAGGAAAACUUUCCCCUGUUUUGAUGAGCCUGCGAGGAAAGCAGUCUUUCACAUCACACUCCUCCAUCCCCGUGGGACUGUGGCCCUGUCAAACGGCAAGGAGCCAGAAAUAGUUAACGCCACCGUAUACACAGAGGCUGUCACACAGACCAGAUUUGAGCCAACCAAGAGCAUGUCAACCUACCUACUGGCCCUGAUUGUCUGUGACUAUUCAUUUAUCAGCGCUUGGGAGGGAGAUAUUCUGAUUCGGAUCUGGGCUCGUAGAAAAGCCAUCAGUGAAGGACAUGGAGAAUAUGCGCUCAAUCUAACAGGACCAAUCCUGUCCUUUUUUGAGGUGUAUUACAAUACCACCUACCCUCUCUCCAAAUCAGACCAGAUUGCCCUUCCUGACUUCUAUUUUGGGGCCAUGGAGAAUUGGGGACUAGUUACCUACAGGGAAACAAAUCUGCUUUACGAUCCUUUAACAUCCUCCAAUGGAAACAAGGAGAGAACAGCCACCAUCAUUGCACAUGAACUUGCACACAUGUGGUUUGGAAAUCUAGUGACCCUGAGAUGGUGGAAUGAAGUCUGGCUGAAUGAGGGCUUUGCAUCCUACGUGUCAUAUCUUGGGGCGGAUUAUGCUGAAUCCACUUGGAACGUGAAAGAUCUCAUAGUUCUUGACGAUGUGCACAGGGUGUUUGCAGUGGAUGCCUUGGCUUCCUCUCACCCCCUGUCCUCCAAAGACGAUGACAUCCAGAAGCCUGAGCAAAUCAGUGAACAGUUUGAUGUCAUCUCUUACAGCAAGGGGGCAUCAGUGUUGAGAAUGCUGUCAGAUUUUCUAACUGAACCAGUCUUCGUCCAAGGACUAAGUAGCUACCUGAAUCACUUUGCCUAUGACAACACAGUGGGGACAGACCUUUGGGAUCAUCUACAACGAGCAGUAGAUGACAGUGACAUGGAACUUCCUGGUACAGUGCAUGACAUCAUGAACCGCUGGGUCCUUCAGAUGGGCUUCCCAGUGGUCACCAUAAACACACACACUGGACUGAUCACCCAGCAGCACUUCUUACUGGACCCUGAUUCUGUGGGGAGUGUACCACCAUCAGACUUCAAGUACGAGUGGAUAGUACCAAUCAAAUGGAUGGAAGCAGGAGUGGUUCAGAAAGAGAUAUGGCUGCUUGAGAAAGAGGCCCUAAACAAUAAAUUGACAAGUGGUCACUGGGUACUAGCAAACAUCAAUGUGACUGGAUACUACAGGGUUAACUAUGACCUUGGCAACUGGGAACGUCUCCUCUUCCAACUGAGCACUAAUCACCAGGUCAUACCAGUUAUCAACAGAGCACAACUUGUGGAUGACGCUUUUAAUCUAGCAAGGGCAAAGUUAAUUCCCACGACAUUAGCUCUGAAAACGACAAAAUACCUCUCCAAAGAAAUGGAAUAUAUACCGUGGGAGUCGGCUCUGAACAACUUGGAUUAUUUUUACCUCAUGUUUGAUCGCACUGAGAUCUAUGGGACUAUGCAGCAUUAUGUGAGGAAUCUAGUGACACCCCUUUUUCAACACUUCAAGACCAUUACUGCAGACUGGAGUAAAGUUCCUGAUGGCCAUAAUGAGCAGUACAACCAGGUGAAUGCCAUUAGGAUGGCCUGUAGCAGUGGACUGGUUGAGUGUCAGAAUCUGACUAAAAGCUGGUACAGUCAAUGGAAGACUGACCCUGACAACAAUCUGAUACAUCCUAAUUUGAGGAUGACAGUGUACUGCAGUGCCAUUGCAGCAGGCGGGGCUGCAGAGUGGGAUUUUGGUUGGGACAUGUUCAAGAAUGCCACUAUUGCUAGCGAUGCAGACAAACUGAUGUCAUCUCUGGCAUGUACUAAGGACCAUGAACUUCUGAAUAAGUACCUGAGAUACACUUUGGAUUCAGACAAAAUCCGUAAGCAGGAUGCAACGUCUGUCAUCGUGUACAUCUCCAGUAAUGUUCAAGGCCAAACAUUGGCUUGGGACUUUGUGACACAGAACUGGGAGUACAUGUUCACACAGUAUGGUGUUGGAUCCUUCUCAUUUGCCAAUCUUAUAAGUGGUGUGACAAUGAGAUUCUCAACUAAAGCUGAACUUGAGCAGCUCCAGAAAUUCAAGGAGGACAACUCUAAGAUUGGUUUUGGCUCAGGGACCUUGGCUUUGGAGCAGGCCAUUGAGAGAACUACAGCCAAUAUCAAAUGGGUGGAUGAGAACAAGAAGAAAGUGUGGGACUGGUUCUUGAGUGAGAUUGCCUAA